ACAGUUGUACUCGUUUCAUUUAUCAACAAAUUUUUGAAAACGAUUAAAAAAAAAAAAUAAGUCGUUUAGAGAAAUACGAAUUAAUAAUAGAAAAUGGGUGUACCAGCAUUUUUUAGAUGGUUGAGUCGAAAAUACCCUUCUGUAAUAGUAGAAUGUAUCGAGCAGAAGCCGAUAACUACGAAUGGUAUACGAGUACCAGUGAAUUCGGCAGAACCAAAUCCAAAUGGAAUAGAAUUUGAUAACUUAUACCUUGAUAUGAAUGGCAUUAUACAUCCUUGUACUCAUCCUGAAGAUAGACCUGCACCACAAAAUGAGGAUGAAAUGAUGGAAGCUAUUUUUGAAUGCAUUGACCGUUUAUUUCGCAUUGUAAGACCAAGAAAAUUACUUUACAUGGCAAUUGAUGGAGUUGCACCUAGAGCAAAAAUGAAUCAACAAAGAUCAAGACGAUUUAGAGCAUCAAAAGAAGCAAGUGAAAAAAUUAACGAAAUAAAAAGAAUACGUUCUGAAUUAUCUCUUAAAGGAGCAUCUUUACCUCCUGAAAAACCAAAAGAAGAGCAUUUUGAUAGCAAUUGCAUUACACCGGGUACACCAUUUAUGGCAAGAUUAUCAAAAUGUUUGCAUUAUUAUAUACAUGACCGUUUAAACAAUGAUCCUGGAUGGAGAAAUAUAAAAGUAAUUUUGAGUGAUGCAAAUGUGCCAGGAGAAGGAGAACAUAAAAUAAUGGAUUUUAUACGUAGACAAAGAGCACAACCUGAUCAUGAUCCUAAUACACAACACGUUUUAUGUGGAGCUGAUGCUGAUUUAAUUAUGUUGGGUCUUGCAACUCAUGAACCUAAUUUUACUAUUAUUCGUGAAGAGUUUAAGCCAAAUAAACCAAAACCAUGUGAUAUAUGUGGUCAAUUAGGACAUGAAAUGCAGGAAUGUACGGGUGCAGAGCCUAAUCAGAGGGAAGAAGCGAAUACUUUUGGAUCUGAAUGCCAGUAUAUAUUUGUGCGAUUAAAUGUACUCAGAGAAUAUUUAGAAAGAGAAUUGCAAAUGCCUAAUCUACCAUUUAAAUACGAUUUCGAGCGAGUUAUCGAUGAUUGGGUGUUCAUGUGUUUCUUCGUAGGAAACGAUUUUCUUCCUCACCUUCCAUCUUUGGAAAUUAGAGAAGGGGCAAUAGAUAGACUUGUUAAUUUAUAUAAAAAAACAGUAUAUAAAACAGGAGGAUUUUUAACAGAUAGUGGAGAUGUUAAUUUAGACAGAGUUCAACUUAUAAUGUCUGAAUUAGGCGAUGUUGAAGAUGAAAUUUUCAAGAAAAGACAACAGAAUGAAUUAGCCUAUAAACAACGUGAAAAAGAUAAAAAAAGAAGAUUAUUGGGAAUCAGUAAUAAUAAACCAAAAUGGAUUCCUACGGGACAAUUUGCACCGACGCGUAUUGGUGAACAUAUUAAACCGGUACAAAAUGCACGUUAUGAAGCUUACCAAAUGCGUAUUCAUGGUCAAAAUUAUCAUACAAGUGAAAAAGGAAAUGCUAAGGAGAUGUUAGAAAGUAUGAUACGUCCUGAAAAUUCGACUGAUCAUGAACGAAAACGAAAAAGUGAAGUACUUGAAGAUGAUUCAGAUGAUGAUCAAUCUCACGAUGAAGUUAGAUUAUGGGAAGAUGGUUUUAAAGAUCGUUAUUAUGAAUCAAAAUUUGAUGUUUCUCCUGAUAAUUUGGCAUUCAGAAAUAAUGUGGCAUUGCAAUAUGUGCGUGGUUUGUGUUGGGUUUUACGAUAUUAUUAUCAAGGUUGUGCUUCAUGGAAAUGGUAUUUUCCAUAUCAUUAUGCUCCAUUUGCUAGCGAUUUCAUCAAUAUUGGUGGUCUUUCUACCGAAUUUGAAAAAGGAACUAUACCAUUCCGUCCAUUAGAACAAUUGAUGGGUGUAUUUCCAGCGGCUAGUAGUAAACACGUUCCUGCACCGUGGGCAAAAUUAAUGAGUGAUCCAAAAUCACCAAUUAUUGAUUUUUAUCCAGAAGAUUUUAAAAUUGAUUUAAAUGGUAAAAAAUUUGCUUGGCAAGGAGUAGCUUUACUUCCUUUUGUGGAUGAAAAACGUUUAUUCAAGGCACUAGAGCCAUAUUACGAUUGUUUGACAGAAGCAGAAAAAAUACGAAAUGUUCGAGGAGACGAUCGAUUAUAUAUAGGACUCGGUAAUAGUGGUUAUAAUUUUAUGAAGGGACUUUAUACGAAUCAUGUACGAUCCGAUGCAGAAACUUCAAUAUGUAUAGAUGGUAUGCGAGGUACGGUUUUAUUGACAGAAGAUUGUGUCGGAGACGGAGCUACUUUACCUUCGCCUAUAAACGGAUUAUUACCAAUUAGGAAUAAUAAAGUGUAUUGUAUUAAAUUCAGAGAUCCAAAAUAUAGUAGUAAUUUUAUUUUCCCUGCGAAAAAAUUGAAGGGUGUUAGAGAACCACCAAAAGUUUUGAAACCUCAAGAUUUUGAUCAAAUGAAUCGUAACACUGGAAAUACUUGGAAACCACAAAUUGGUUUCACUUCUUCGACACAAAUAGCUUCAUUAACUGAGGCGGGCAAAAGAAUACUUGGGCAUUAUACGAACCAUAAUAGAGUGCCACCAUCAUACAACCCAAUACCAAUACCACAAACAUUAUAUUCACAGCAUCACGGUUACCAAAGUACGAAUUAUCAAGGAGGAUACGAUGGUGGACAUAACCAGCUUGCAAUGGUGCCUGGUCCAUGGGCAAGGGGAUAUGGCACUCCGCACAAUUAUCACCAACGUUAUCCGGAGUAUCAGCAAAAGAAUAAUUAUAAUGUUCAGCAAUACGGGCGAAAUAAUUAUCAAAAUCCACAAUAUAGUAAUUAUGGUUCGCAGUAUAAUCAACAACGGAAUUAUUCUUCUAACUACCAAGGGAAUAGUGGUGAAAGUGGGGGAAGUAGGGGAGGAGGAUGGAGACGGUCAACGUAGACCUUUCUCUAUUUGAUUAAUGCCAUCACAGAUCUUGAAUUUAGAUUUAUAAGAUUUUUCGUUUAUAAUCUAGAACUCUGGAAUUUAUGCUUAGAUUCAGGAAUCUAUCAACAAGUAAAUUGUUCUUUUUUUUUUUUUUUGUUCAUUUUAUCUACAUUAUUUAUAUAUGAACUUACAGAUAUACAGAUGAAUGUGCAAUAUUUUAAAUUCAUUCCAAUAUUUGUUUUGUUUCUUUUUUUUGAAAUUUCUGAAUCUUGCAUUUUAACAGAAUAUUUGUCGCUUGUUUAACAUUUGGAUAAUUAAUUAUACUUUUUUUUUUUUUUUAGAUAUAAUAGAUGCAUAAUAUGAUCUAUGAUGGCAAUUAUUAUUCUAUAACUUAGGAACAUAAGCAGUAUCAAGUAUAAUUUUAUAUGAACUUUAAUGUGAAUGUACACAUUCACAAGGAACUGUAUGAUAACAACCAUCGCUGAAGAUUGCACCUUGGCUAUAAAAAUUCAGAUAGAAAUAGAAGGAACAAUCUUUAAGCGAACGCGACUUGUUAACAUAAAUUGAAUUGUACAAUCAAAACUCAAGUAAUCAUGUUAAAUGUUUUUCUUGUAUGAUUAUUGUUAGCCAAUGCAAUUUAGUUCACAUAAAAAAUUUUAAACUUUGUGAAGAUUAUUCAUCUAUUCUCGACGUAGUCAGUUUAAUUAUAUAUUCCGAUAUUACAAUACCAUGAUUAUAUCUAAUCAUUGUUUGUAAUAUGGAAUAUUAAUUCAAACAUUAUUCAUUCCUUAGUAGAUUUCGUCAUAUAUAAUACGAUAUGAUGAAUAAUCUCAUUUUGUUAAAAAAUUUUAACCUUAAUUUUAUAGCCUUGUUGUCAUGACUUCAGUUUCAUCGGAUAUCCGUCGUGUAUACAUAUCGUUCGUGUACAACCAAUUGAAAGGAAUAUAUAUAAAUCCUUUUCAUUAACUUGCACAUCACACGUGGAAACUUUUUUAUUGUAUUCACUUGAAAAAAAAAAAAAAAAAAAAAAAGUAUAGA